CCGUUACUUGGUUGCCGAAACUCUACAACUGCAAGGGGACAGACAGAAGAUAUGGCUGAAUACCAGCGUAGUCUCGAUUAAAGCCCCUGACAGCAUAUAUCUGCCACUCGAUAUUGCUGUUCAUCUUUCUCGGCGCUUCAAGUAAUGGUCUAAAAAGCAGCGCAGACCGGCCAGGAAGGGACUUAUUUUGGGGGGCGUUUCGCUGCUCGUUUGGAUCGGGGUGAUCUCCAACUGUGGGGAGCGAUCAGCGUCACCGAGCCCGUGAGUGUCUGUACACUGUGGGGUAGCAACAGUAGGAUGAGCUGCCCUAGAGCGAUCACAGUCUACAGCGACUGACACACUGCUACAAAUACAGCAGUCGAUGCAGUCUUCCAGAGACUUUCCCUCUCUGUGGCUGAGAAACCAGCAGCAACAGCAGCAGCAUGUCUCGCGUCUCCUCCACGGCCAAGCGCUACGCCGGCCCCUCCUACACCAGCCACUACAGCUCCUACAGCUCCUCCCUGACCCCGGGCCUUAGCUCCUACAGCGAGCGGGACAGACUGUCCUCAUACAAGUCCCCGACGUCCUCCUCCACCUCUUCCUCAGGUUACUCCUCCUCCAGCUAUCUGAGCAGCCCCGUCGUCCGCAGCCGCAACUACAGCACCUCCUCAGACCCCGACCGUGACCGGGGACGAACCAUCCCGCGCACUGACAUACUCGGAAGCAGCCUCAGCAGCAGCCGCCGGAGUGAGAGCCUCAGCAGAGCCCCAAUCAAGAGCUACGGAACGUCAGGACUGAGCGGGGGGUCAGCCUAUAACGGCUACAGUUCCUACUCUUCGCCCUCGGCCCACUCCAGCUACCUCUCCUCUUCACCGGUGGCCUCGAGCAUCUCGCUCAACCGACGAAAAUCAGUAUCCCAGAGUGACUUGAGCAGGGACCUUGCCUCUCUGGGCCUCAACAACGCCUCCUCCUCCUCUUCCUCCACCCCGUCAUCCUCCACCAGUGCCCUGCGGAGCUACCGCAAUCGGACCAGCGAUGUGGCUGACUCCUACGGCACCAGCUCCCGCUCAGGCUACUCAGGCCUGUCUCGGAGCUCUACUCAGGAGGCCCUCUCACGGAGCUCCACCCAGGAGGCCUUUAACAGCAGCAGCAGCAGCAGCAGCAGAGCAUUCAGCUCUUCUACAUGGGAGCCAAGAAGCAAUGGGCUGUCUGACUCCCCCACCAGAGACUCCACGAAUUCAAAGAGUGCCCAGGGCCUGGUGGGACUGAAGAACUUAGGAAACACUUGUUUCAUGAACAGUAUCCUGCAGUGUCUCAGCAACACACACAGCCUGCGAGACUACUGCCUGCACAACUCGCACCGCAGAGACCUUAACAACAACAGCCGCACCAACACAGCCCUCAUGGAAGAAUUUGCCAAGCUGAUACAGACCAUGUGGACAUCGUCCAGCAGCGAGGCGGUCAGUCCCUCUGAGUUCAAAACUCAGAUCCAGAGAUAUGCUCCCAGAUUUGUGGGAUACAACCAACAGGAUGCUCAGGAGUUCUUGCGUUUCCUCUUGGACGGCCUGCACAAUGAGGUCAACAGGGUCACUGUCAGGCCGAGAGGCACUGUAGAAGACUUCGACCACCUCCCAGACGAGGAGAAAGGGAAGAAGAUGUGGAGUAAAUACCUGGAGAGAGAAGACAGUAAGAUAGUCGACCUGUUUGUGGGGCAGCUGAAGAGUUCUCUCACCUGCAGCCACUGUGGUUUCUGCUCCACUGUCUUCGACCCGUUCUGGGAUCUCUCCCUACCUAUCGCCAAGAAGGGCUAUGGUGAGGUGAGUCUGAUGGACUGCAUGAGGCUCUUCACCAAAGAAGACGUACUUGACGGGGAUGAGAAGCCGACGUGCUACAGGUGUAAAGCCAGGAGGAGAUGCACCAAGAAGUUCACAAUACAGAAGUUCCCCAAGAUCCUAGUGCUGCACCUAAAGCGCUUCUCUGAGGCACGAAGAACCAGCAAGCUGUCCACCUUUGUUAACUUCCCCAUGAAGGACCUUGACCUGCGGGAGUUUGCCUCUGAAAACAGCAUAAAUGCAGUGUACAACCUGUAUGCAGUGUCCAACCACUCAGGCACCACCAUGGGUGGUCACUACACAGCCUACUGUCGCAAUCCCAACUCGGGAGAAUGGUACACAUUUAAUGACUCCAGAGUAACGCCAAUGUCCUCCAGCCAAGUGCGCAGCAGUGACGCCUACGUCUUGUUCUACGAGCUGGCUUCCUCCUCACGGAUGUGAAGCCUCCUGGAGGACAGACGGCCACAGCACCUCUCUGACUGACGGACAGGCAGAGGACGGACGGACGGAUGGAAAAUGAGGCUGCUGUUGGCCUAUUUUGGACUUCUGUUUGGACAUUAUCACACUGAAAACACACACACACACACACACGUGAAGACACACACACACACACACACCCCAGCUGAAGAAGAGGAACACUCUGGAAACCAUGGGAACCUGAUCAACCAGCCCUGCUUUCUCUCUCUAUCUGUGCUCCCGUGUCUUUCUCAUUCUGGGUGGUGGUGUGUGUUUAGUGUGUUUGUGUGCUCUGUGUGUGUCUGUCUGUAUGUGUGUGUGUGUGUGUGUGUGUGUGUGUGUGUGAGUGCGUGAGGCUGACACAGGGCAAUAAAUCCGAUCUGACCGACCAACCAGGUGAAUCCGUCUCCAUCUCAGAAGUCCCUCUCUAUGCACUGCAAACCGAACUCUCACCCUGACUGCGCCUUCGCUUUUUCUCGUUUGCCUCAAAACCAUUAAAACUGACUUGUUGCAAUUCUAUUUUUUUUUUUUUUUUUUUUUUUCUUCUGCUUUGAAGUCAUGUUGAGAUUUCUUUUUGUUUUUCUUCUCGGGACAGGGGGUUAUUAGCGAAGCACCGUGAGCAUUGUCACCACUUCGACUUGACUGUGGACAAACUGUGCUUAGAGUGCGACUGUAACAGGAUUGGUCACGGUUACGAGGAGCUUGCAGCCACCGGCCCGCUUGGUUUUCAAGGCUUCCCCUUCCACUGCACUACACACUCCUACCUACGUCUCUGCUAGCAUCCUCCUCACUCUCUCUCUAACUCUCUCUAAAAGUGGUUGGGAGGGCCGGUGGCACUGUGAGCGUUACAUGUUUCAGAGGACGACCCUCUAACUUGUGUUUUAUUUAAUUUGUUUCUCCCACGUGUGGCUGCUACUGAUGUUUUAAAAGUGCUGUGAAUGGAUGAAUGGACAGUCCAGUGCGGAUCUGCUAAGGAUUAAUAAUAUAGACAAAAAUAACAGUAACAAUCCUCAUCGUCAGGAUGGGGUCUUUUCUUCCUCUCUUGUUUCAUGCCAUUGAACAACACAGAAAGAAUGUUUUAAAGAAGAAAAAAAAAACAUUAUAUCUGUCUAUUUUUAUAUCCUGAUGCAAUAUAGAGAAUGUACUAUUCAAUGGUGCUGAAAAUGACCCAUAACUGUUUUCAGUUGGUUUAUUUACCAGGUUUCAAGAGAGAAAAAAAAGUUAUUAUUUAUGCUUACAGGUGAUAAUGUGAUGAGUCACACUUUUUAACAGUGGCAGUCAAACACAUGAGUAUAUAAAUAUAUAUAUAUAUAAAUAUAUAUAUAUGAAUAAAAGUCAACAAACAAUGGUUUUACUUUG